CGGAAAAGCCUCCUUAGGGUGCGUUGGGAGUUGGCCAUGCUGCGACGGCGGCCCCGAAGAUGAAGACGAAGAAAAGGAACGGCUCGCGCGAGGGGCAAUUUCGUUACGCGCUAGACACCUGCUCUAAGAACGGAGAUCUUUCAGGUGCACUCGAGCUCUAUGAGACUGCCGUCGCCGAGGGCUUGCGGCUCUCUGCGUACCACUUCAAUUCCCUGCUCCACAUCCUCUCUUCCUCGGUAGAAAACUUGGACGACGAGUCUUCCAAGCAGUCUACUGUCGAUACUGGCUCGCGAGUUUUCAACGCCAUGAUCGCUGCAGGCAUCGUGCCAAACGAAGCCACGAUCACUUCCAUGGCCAGGAUCGCAUCCUGCCAACCCGAUGGAAGCGGCGCAGACCUCGCUUUCGACCUCAUCAGGAACAUGAGGGAGAAGUACGCUGCCACUCCGAGGCUUAGGACCUAUGGGCCGGCGCUCUUUGCCUUCUGCCGGCAAUUGGAAGCAGAAAAGGCUUAUGCGCUGGCGAAUCAUAUGGUUUCAUCGGCCAUCAUGCCGGAAGAGCCAGAGAUUGCAGCACUACUGGAUGUUAGCGCUAAGGUAGGAAGGGAGGGGAAAGUUUAUGAGUAUCUGCACAUGCUGAGGAACAACGUGAGAUGUGUGUCUUCUUCCACAGCUGGGAUUUUGGAGGAUUGGUUCAACAGCAAAUCUGCAGCCGAGGCAGGGAGUUCUAGCUGGAGCACUGAAAGGGUUAAAGAUGCAAUAGUGAUCAAUGGCAGAGGCUGGCAUGGCCUUGGGUGGUUGGGAGGUGGGAGAUGGGAUGUUAACCGAACAAGUGUUGGUGCUGAUGGACAUUGCGCAAUGUGCUUCCAGCUAUUGGACUGUGUGGAUAUCGCUCAAAAGGAAACCAAGGAGUUUGCAGAUUCUGUGGCCAAUUUGGCCAUGGAAAGGGAAACCAUGUCUAAUUUCAAGCGAUUUCAGGAAUGGUUGGAAGAUAAUAAGGGAUGUGAUGCUAUUAUUGAUGGAGCCAAUGUUGCACUCUAUCAGCAGAACUUUGCAGAUGGCGGAUUUAGUUUGUCUCAGUUAAAUGAUGUAGCUAGUGAGAUUUUCAGAAGAAACAAGAAGAAAUGGCCACUUAUUAUUCUACAUAAUAAGCGUAUUCAAGCACUUAUGGGAGAUCCUUACAACAGGCAAUUGUUGGAUGCAUGGAGAUCUGAAGGAGCAUUGUACAUGACACCAAGCGGAUCUAAUGAUGAUUGGUAUUGGCUUUAUGCAGCUGUUAAACUUGGAUGUUUGCUUGUGACUAAUGAUGAAAUGAGAGAUCAUAUAUUUGAGCUGCUAGGAAGAUCCUUCUUUCCUAGGUGGAAAGAAAGACAUCAGGUCAGGUAUACUUUUGUGAAGGGUAAAUUGACUCUCGUGAUGCCACCUCCAUAUUCUGUAGUGAUUCAGGAAUCUGAAACAGGUUCAUGGCACGUGCCAUUAGAUGAGAUGUGCGACGAUGAGAAACAGCGAACUUGGCUCUGUAUUAGGAGACAAGGAUCCACCCAUGGUCCUUUGGAAGAUAUAACUGACAGUUUGGUUCAAACAAUUAGUGAAUCAUCGAUUAUUCCACCCGAGUGUAGCAACAUUUUCAAUAAUAGCACGAGGCAUGUGACUGGUAAAAGAAAGGAUAGAUCUGAUGGUCUCUGACCACCAGGCAGUAGAUUAUCUUCAAACUGUUGUACAACUUAUUUAUAUGGAGUUUGAUUUAUCUGUUUUAAAUUGGUUUUUGUUUAGAAUAUCAGCUGGGGAAGUUGAAAAUUUGGUUGGAAGUUGUUUGAGCAGUAAGCCUGUUCUUCUUA